UGUCAACGAUGUAACGGUUUUGUUUUCAUCUUUGAAUGUGUAUCUAUCUGUUUUCAUCAAAAGAUGAAGUGGUCUGAUGAGGCUGUUAUACGGAAAAUCGCGUGAGAUGCGCGAUGGAAAAUGUACUAUAUAAGUCGGAUUUUAUGGUUUGGAGCUUUAUUUCGUUCAGUGUUUCCGUUCAGUGUUGAUCGUAUGCUGAAAACAAUUUGAUUUACAUCAUUGCAAGUGAAACAAAUAUUUAAUUUGUUUGUUCUUGGAAUUUUUUUACCGUUUCAAUAAAAGAAAGUCCAGUUUGCAAAAAUGUCAUCAAAUAUAUUCAAUCAAAUUGUUGCUGUUGUGUUAAUUUGCACAUUUUUUACAGCAUACACUUACGCCGAAGGAUUAUCAUGUAGUUCCUGCGGUGAAGAGUGCCUCGAUGCAUGUGGCACUCGAUUUUUCCGUACAUGCUGUUUUAAUUACUUACGAAAGCGAUCAUCACCAUCGUUGCAGCCGCAACCAAUAAAUGAGUACGAAGAAAAUGGCAUAUGGCUUAACAAAGUUGAAUUGGAAAAACUGAUUCACAAUGAACUAAUGCACCAACAGAAUCCCAAUAUUUUGAAUCAAAAAGCACCGAAAAAGGAUGAUUUUCCAAAAUCAGCAUCGAUUUCAAAUCAACUCGGUCCCAACAACAACAAUCACGAUCAAAUGCGUGUUAUUUAUGAUAUUUAAUUUGAUUUGUCCACUUUCUUUCAUUCGAUUUUUCUUUUCAGUGCCAAUUUCAUAUGAUUUUAAUUUGAAAUUACAUAUAGAGCAUAUUCUUGAACAGAUACACUUUUUUAUGACAACAUUUUUCUGAAUCAGAGUGUUAAACAAACAAAUUACAAUGAAUGUGGGCAACGAAAUAUCUAUAUAACUAUUGAUUCAUGACAUAUUCAUCACAAUCAAAAAUAAUUUU